AUGCUAAUCCCUCCUGCGGGCGUCGCCCUCCCCGUCGUCAAGACAGCCACGGACUGCGCAGAGUUCGGCCGCACAGUCUCACCAUACCUACCUCAACUCCUAAGCCUACCGCAACAGGUCUUUCAGCAUAUCUCGAGCUUUGAGGAGCUCAAGACGCUCUAUGUCUCCACAAACCCGCUCAUCACUGCCCUUGCCAUUGCGUUAGCCCUCGUGCCCAUCUUCCUGGUUGCAUCCGAGAUCAAUAAGAAUUACAGUCAGGUGGACAGGUUCUGGAGUAUAUUGCCGACGGUAUACAAUGCGCACUACUGCCUGUGGGCGCAUAUGAAUGGGCUGCCGACCAUAAGGCUGGACAAUAUUAUCGCAUUUAGCUGCGUGUGGAGCUUGCGACUGACCUACAACUACUGGCGCAAAGGCGGCUACUCCAUUGGUUCAGAAGACUACCGGUGGGAGGUGUUACGCAGCAAGAUUUCUCCGCGGCUUUUCUUCGUCUUCAACGUGCUCUUCAUCUCCUUUGCUCAGAGCAUCCUCCUCUGGGCCAUAACAACCCCAACCUACGUCCUCCUCCUCACCUCCCGCCUCUCCGGCCCCGAAGCCACAACCUCCGACAUCGUCUUCUCACGCGCCCUCAUGCUCCUCGUCCUCGCGACCUUCUUCGCCGACCAACAGCAGUGGAACUUCCACCAAGCAAAGAAGCAAUACCAGGCGACCGCCAAAGUGCCCCUCGGCUGGGACCGCGCAGAGCUGGACCGCGGCUUCUGCACUAGCGGCAUGUUCUCCUACUCCCGGCACCCCAACUUCGCCGCCGAGCAGGCCAUCUGGGUCGUCCUGUACCAGUGGGGCUGCUUCGAGACGUUUGGUUACUAUAACUGGACGUUUUGUGGGGCGUUGGCGUAUCUGUUUUUGUUUCAGGCGAGCACGUGGUUCACGGAACUGAUUACGGCGGAGAAGUAUCCGGAGUAUAAGAUUUAUCAGAGGCUGGUGCCGAAGUUUUUGCCGAAUCUGGCGGGGCCGAUUGAUAUGCCGGUUGUGAAGGAGGAGGGUGGGGUGAGGGAGGUGAAGCCGAAAGAGGCGGCGGCGGCUGUUGGGAAGAAGAAGAGGUGA